UUUCCUUUUUUUCUCCUUUGGGUCACCUCAUCUUCCUCUUAGGAUUGCUAAUUAGCAGUCAAUGAAGAGGAAGGAAGACCCAAAUCCUAGAAAAAAGAAGUCAUUAUUACAAAUUCAGUAAUAAAUUUUAGAUUUACUUCAUCAAAAUUAAAAGAAAACCCUGUGUUCACUCGAAAAAAAAGUAAAUAAAUUGAGGCAAAAUGAACGAUUUAAUCUCAAGUUCGUUCAGGAAAUAUACUGACCUGAAACAACAAGCGUAUAUGGACGAUAUUGAAGCCGGCAAUGAAACGGUUAAUCUCGAUACGUUCUUCGAAGAUGUUGAAAAUGUUAAAGAAGACAUGAAAGGCGUUGAGAAGCUUUAUAAAGCACUGCAAGAAGCCAAUGAAGAAUGUAAAACGGUGCAUAAUGCUAAAACAAUGAAGCAAUUACGUUCUCGUAUGGAUUCUGAUGUUGAACAGGUUCUUAAACGAGUGAAAGUCAUUAAAGGGAAGCUUGAAGCCUUGGAAAAAUCGAACGCCGCGAGCCGGAAUGCUCCGGGUUGUGGACCCGGUUCAUCUUCAGAUCGGACUCGAACAUCCGUCGUUAGCGGGUUAGGCAAGAAAUUGAAAGUAAUGAUGGACGAGUUUCAAAGCUUACGAGCAAGGAUGCAAUCGGAAUAUAAAGAAACCGUUGAACGUCGAUAUUUCACGAUCACCGGCGAAAAACCUGAUGAAGACACGAUCGAGAACUUGAUUUCAAGCGGCGAAAGUGAAAGUUUCCUUCAACGUGCGAUUCAAGAACAAGGAAGAGGUCGAAUCAUGGACACGAUCUCCGAGAUCCAAGAACGACACGACGCCGUUAAGGAAAUCGAGAAGAACUUGAUUGAGCUCCACCAGAUCUUCCUCGACAUGGCGGCACUCGUCGAGGCUCAAGGUCAACAAUUGAACGAUAUCGAAAGCCACGUCGCGCAUGCGAGCUCGUUCGUCCGGCGAGGUACGGAACAACUCGAAGAAGCGCGCGAACAUCAAAAAGCGUCGAGGAAAUGGACGUGUAUAGCGAUUAUUGCUGCGAUUAUUCUCAUUUUAGUCAUCCUUUUGCCAUUGUUGCCAACUAUUAUAACUCUCAUAAAGACGAAAAAGAUAUGAUGGUGAUGAUUAAAUACUUUACAUGUGAUAUUAUUUUUUCGACAUCCGAUCAAAUUUUUUUUUUCCGGAUUCAGAUAUUACAGAUUCAAUAUUUUUAAACUGUU